AAAUUUGAUCAACAUUCCGAAGUGAUCUGUGAUGAUUUUACAAAAUCUUGAUUUGAUAUUUUGUUGAUUCAUAACUACAUUGAAGUGUUACAUUUGGUUGUAGGCGGAAACAAAGUGGGUGAAAUAAUAAAUGUGAUAUUAUCAUACCACUGUAACUCAAAGUUCACUAUUUUAGUUUAGUAUAUAUGAAACAAUGAUUAUAUGAUGAUUGUUGUAUUCGAAGGAGUACAUUCACAAGUGUUCUUUAGAUAUGCUUACGUCUGUGUUGUGUAUCGCUUCACUGGUAACUCUUCUCGAUGCUCAUAUCUCAAUAAAGAAAGAAAGAUUUGAACCAUUGUCAGAUGACAUCAUCUCGUAUAUCAAUCAACAUCCAAAUGCUGAAUGGAAAGCUGAAAAAAGCAAACGUUUCCACUCACUGGAUGACGCACGCAUUCUGAUGGGUGCAAGAAGAGAGGAACCAGAAUUAAGAAAGAAGAGACGUCCCACAGUUGACCAUAAUGAUUGGAAUGUUGAAAUUCCAUCAAGUUUCGAUUCAAGGAAGAAAUGGCCUCGUUGCAAAAGUAUAGCGACCAUUCAUGAUCAAUCACGAUGUGGAUCAUCUUGGGUGAGUUCUAAUGAUCGCAGUAUUUGAAAAAUGUUUACUAUGUUGGCAUGAGUAUGAAUAUUUUACACGUCAGUGAGUUUGUAGGAGAUCUCACCAAACGUCAAACAGUAUCAGAGUCAGAUUAUCUAGAGAAAUUGUUUUUUUGAAUGCUAAAUGACAUCACAUAGGUCAAUUUGGAGUAUCACAUCUGUGAAUAUAUGUCCGGUGAUUAAAAUAACUAACGAAACAGAUCAUAUUGAACUCAAAUGGCUAGUAAUUUUCGACCAGUCAUUACAUUACAAAACUCAAAACGUCUUUGUGUUGUCAUUUCUUUUCUCCAGGCUAUCGAAGCUGUCGAUGCCAUGAGUGAUCGAAUCUGCAUACAGUCACGUGGCAGACAAUCUGUGGAACUAAGCGCUGUGGAUCUAGUGAGCUGUUGCGUACGUUGUGGACGUGGUUGUGGUGGUGGAUUUCCUGGUCCUGCUUGGGAUUAUUGGGUAAAGGAAGGUAUUGUUACUGGAAGUUCCAAAGAGAAUCACACAGGCUGUCAACCAUAUCCAUUCCCAAAAUGUGAGCAUCAUGCCAAAGGAAAGUAUCCUGCAUGUGGUGAAAAAAUGUACAAGGCUCCUCGUUGUAAACAAACUUGUCAGAAAAGUUACAAAAUCCCAUACGCUCAAGACAAGCAUCGGGGUAAAUUGUCCUACAAUGUUGCUGAUAAUGAAUUGUCUAUUCAAAAGGAAAUCAUGAAGUAUGGACCAGUAGAAGCAAGCUUCCGCGUUUAUACAGAUUUUCUCAAUUACAAAUCUGGGAUCUAUAAACAUCUUACUGGGGAACCAGUUGGUGGGCACGCCGUACGCAUAAUCGGAUGGGGUGUGGAAAAGAAGACUCCUUAUUGGUUGGUCGCGAAUUCGUGGAAUGAAGAUUGGGGUGAAAAUGGAUAUUUCAAAAUACUACGUGGUCAUAAUGAAUGUGACAUAGAAUCUUACGUAAUAGCUGGCCGUGCUAACUAAUUACACAAUCUUUAAACAUUAUCAUAAAAUGUUACUUAGAGUUAAUUAAGUCAUUAGAAAUGUAUAUUGAAUAAUUUUUAGGAACGUUCCAUAUUCAUAUUAUUGUUUCAUUCAUUUCAUAUUAUAAAUAAACUGUGGCGGACUCU